CCCCUCCGCCUCAGCGGGCAAGUCCUGCCCCACCGCGGAGGGCGCAGACCACGCGGCCCGCCGGCAGGGGGCGUGCCGGGUCGGCCACGGCGGCGGGCGGCCGGAGCCGGAAGUGCGGGAACGUAGGGGAGCGCGGGGCGGGCCGCGGUGCGCGUGGGGCCGUGGCUCGGCCGGCUGGGCUCCCCGCUCCGGACCGCCGUCCGGAUCCGCCUCCCGGGCCCUCCCCGGAAGCCAGGGAGGGGGCGCGGGCCCAGAGGAAUUAAAGCUGGACUCCUGUUGACGACAAACGGACCUACAGUUCCUGGUGUGUGAUGAGAGAGUGGGAUUUGCUGUCCUGAAGUCACUAAGCUUGGACCCUGGUUCUUCUUCAUGAGAGACUAAAGAGAUGGAAGCCUUAAAGUCUGAGAAUAAAAAGAGGGUGCUGCCCACAUGGAUGACAGCCCAGGUGUCUGAAAAGAGGGCGGCGCAGGUGAAGACCCCCAAGAGACCAGCCACGGUGCCAGCGGCUGCAGCCAGAUUUCCUGCCGUGAGGACCGUGUACUGCAUGAAUGAAGCCGAAAUCGUCGACGUUGCCCUGGGGAUCCUCAUUGAGGAGGACCGAAAACAGGAAAAGCCGUUGGAGCCGCCACCUCUGGCAGGCGCUGAUAAGCCAGAGCGCUCCCCGGCCAGCCCAGCGCCACCAUCCCCAAGUCCCUCCUGGAGCCGAAGCGACGACAGUGAGGAAGAGGACUGUGGGGCUGACAGGCCUGCCCCAGGGCCCGCGGGCUCUGACGCGGCCUGCAGCAGAAGCCUCGAGGAAGACCAGGACGAGCUAAAAUACGUCAGGGAGAUCUUUUUCAGCUAAGGGACAAAGUUCCAGGACUUUCUGCUCAGAGUGGCUGAAGGAAGCUGGGUUUCCCCUCUCGGCCUGGGCGCUGCCUGUCAGACUGUGACAGCUUCUGCCCCCAGCGUCGAGCCUCCCUGGGCUGGGUGGGUUCACUGCGGGAGGUGAGCAAUCAAAAUGAGCUCCUCCCAGAAUUCCUGCUCUCUGCUCUCCUGCUCAGGGGCCUGGGAGCUCGACACUGUCUUACUCAGGUACCUGGUUCCAGGGAAAUGAGAUCAUGGGGGUCAAACUUACUGGAACUGGAGAGUCAACUUAAUAAUUUUCAAGGAAAAACAA